GCUUUCGAGGUUUUGUGGGCUGCACCGAUAAUAACCCAACCAACACAUACAUCAAUUGAUUGUUGUGCAGUCGGUUGAGUUCGAUCUGGUCUCAAUCUUACCAGACUUCCUUUCUCUCCCUCUACUUUGGUUGUCUUCUAGCCAUCACCUCUUCUUUCCCUCUUUCUUGGCUUUAGACCACCCAAAAUGUCUUAUGCCAACGCCGACGACGACGUCCUCGAGGACACCUUGGUCGCUGACUACCGAGAACAAGUCACCUACGAUGAAGACACUGCCCUUGAACGGACUGAUUCUCUCUCGGGUCCCGCUGAUCUUCGCGCUCAACUCGAAGCCGCCGCUGCUCCCCUUGAAUUCCAAGCCUCUCUAGAGACAAAAUUCGCUAGUUACGACAAUUACUGCAGUCUCUUCCACUACAUACUCAAUUCCGAUGGCCCCGUCGAGAUCGAACAACCCUCCUACUACUGGGCUUGGGAUGUCAUUGAUGAAUUCAUCUAUCAAUUCCAGGCUUUCCACAGCUACCGUAGUCGACUAGCUCGAACCGCCCCAAAUGAAGAGGAGGCCCAGAUUCUCCGGGAAAACCCAAAUACCUGGGGAUGCUACAGCGUCCUUAAUGUUCUUUACUCUCUCAUUCAGCGCAGUCAGAUCAACGAACAGCUCGCUGCCCAGAAGAGAAACGAAGACCCCAAUGCUGUUGCUGGCGACUAUGGCACACGUCCCUUGUACCGCAACUUGGGCUACUUCUCCAUCAUCGGUCUUCUGCGAGUCCACUGCCUCCUCGGUGACUUCAGUCUUGCCCUCAAAACCCUUGAUGACAUCGAGAUGAACAAAAAGGCCAUGUUCGCCCGUGUCAUGGCUGCUCAUCUCAACACCUACUAUUAUGUUGGUUUCUCUUACAUGAUGCUCCGCCGUUAUGCCGACGCCGUCCGCAUGUUCUCCCACAUUCUGGUCUAUGUCAGCCGCACCAAGAACUUCCAAAAGGGCAACCAGUCUUUUGAUGCCAUUGCCAAGAAGACUGAGCAGAUGUACGCUCUCAUUGCCAUCUGCGUCUCCUUUGCCCCGGCUCGCCUCGACGACACCAUCCACACCGCUCUGCGCGAGAAGUACGGUGAGAAAUUCGCCAAACUCCAACGCGGCGGCACCGACUCCCUUCCGAUCUACAAAGAACUUUUCCAAAGCGCUUGCCCCAAGUUCAUUGCCCCCACCCCUCCUGACUUUGACAACCCAAGCCUCAACAUCGACCCAGUCGAGCACCAUACCGAAAUCUUCAUGGAUGAGGUCAAGAAUACUUUGUUCAAUCCCACCGUCAAGUCUUACCUCAAGUUGUACUCGACUAUGGAUCUUAAGAAGCUGUCAUCUUUCCUCGAGGUCGACCCUGAGCAAUUGAGAAGUUGGCUGUUGGUCAACAAGCAGCGCAGCCGUCAAGUCAGAUGGUCAGAAGGUGGCCUGCUGGAGGGUGAGGUUGUGAAUGGCUCCGAGCUGGACUACGCCAUCGAAGGUGAUCUGAUCCACAUUAGUGAAGCCAAGCAAGGAAGAAGACUAGUCGAUUGGUACUUGAGGAACCUUGUCAGAAGCUACUAGUUUGGGGAUCCUGAUUUAAAGACAAAUCUCGCCCGAAGACAGCCAAAAAGGCCGUGGAUAUCAACGCUAGAGAGACUUGACUGGACUAAUUGUCCAGACCAAAUGCACUUCAGGCUCAUUUUUGAGAGUGGAAUCCCAACGACGUCAGAAGGCCCGAGAAAUGAUCGGCAACUCACAAAUGACUGACAUGUUCAGUUCAGGGAAGCGAGCAUAGGCCGAUGUCGCCCUCGAUCCUGUGGCAAUAUUUGUGAAUUGGCACUCGCACUUUCUCUAAGAUGAAACGAGCACCAAGACGGACCGGGGUUUCCCACUGGCCGUGUCAAAAUGUGUCAAUACUGCAAACAAUUGUCAUUUCAUUCCAUCAGUAUGGACUGAGAAGGCACCAAACAGGCCCAACACUGCGCUUGGAUGAUGGAAGGACUUGAAAUCGCUACAUGAGGAGUUUGCUACAUUUCUGCCCACGCUUUGCCCCAAUUGAGGGUGAGGGAGGUGCAAGCCAGUAGUAGUCGAUGAUAGAAAAUGAUUCAGACUGUUUCACCCAGUA